AUUUGCAAGGUGCUGCACAUUAUUAGUAAACAUUGGAACGUUUGUUGAUAGGUAGACAUUUUUAUUUGAUUUUGUUUGUAGAUGUGCAUAAGGAACAUUCACUUUUGAAUUAGGGCUACUUUAGUUCCCGUGAGCUUCAGAAGUUUCUAUUUUUGCUUGUCAAUCACAACUAUGGCUCUCCGAGCGUGUCAGAGUACGACACGUGCUUUGUUAGCUAGAAAUCUGAGCUGGCGAGCUGCUACUGCCCUAGUCCGGUUACUUGGAAAAAAGUAUUCUGAGAAAAAUAGCCCUUACAGCACUACAGCCGGAAAGGAAUCAGAGAAAGUCGCCGGGCGGACUGUGGUGAAGGAGAGGAGGGGGUCAGUGGUCACCGUGGCGAUCAACCGGCCCGAGGUGCGGAACGCGGUGAACCAGGAGACGGCUGGACGGCUGCUGGACGAGCUCACGGCCUUCGACAGCGACCCCGCCCUGACUGUAGCAGUGCUGCAUGGCAACGGAGGGAAUUUCUGUGCUGGUUACGAUCUGAAAGAGCUGGCCCAUCACACUGCCUCCCUCAAAUUGGAGCAAGAUGUCACCAAAGGUCCUGCUCCUAUGGGUCCCUCCCGACUGGUGUUGUCCAAGCCGUUGAUAGCAGCGGUCAGUGGCUACGCAGUGGCUGGAGGGCUGGAGCUGGCUCUGUUGGCUGACCUGAGAGUGGUGGAGGAGAGCGCUGUCAUGGGGGUGUUCUGUCGCAGAUUUGGCGUCCCCUUGAUUGAUGGGGGUACAGUCCGGCUCCCCCGUCUCAUUGGUCUUUCCCGGGCUCUGGACUUGAUUCUGACUGGACGUCCCAUUGGGGCACAGGAGGCCUUAGCCUUCGGAUUGGCUAACAGAGUGGUACCGGAUGGCCAAGCUCUGCAGGCAGCUCUGGAGCUAGCUGAGCAGAUCAGCACCUUCCCCCAGCAGUGCAUGCGUGCAGACCGCUCCUCUGCCCUCUACAGUGCCUACGAUGCCCCCUCCUUCAGCUUGGCCUUGCAGUACGAGAUGGACCAUGGAGCGCCAAUCAUCCAGACUGAGUCUGUCGCCGGUGCAACCACGUUCAGCUCAGGGACAGGAAGAGGCGGGAAAUUCUCCUCAAAGCACUAGUAACACUUUAUUUAGGUUGGAAUGAGACCAGCCUGUGUAUGAGGGACUCCAAUCUCUCUCCUCAGGUUGUGAGUGUGACCCAUCGUGUGUGUGUUAAUUAGGGUGAGGAGAGGCUCUGUCUAGACGCCAUGAUGACAGGACACACACCCCCUGUUUAGCCUGUGUGCCCUCCCUCUGCUUCCUCCUGCCUCCUCACCCACGGCCAAUACACCCAGCUAUCACCUGCUCCCAACACACACAGACACACAAACACACACAUCGUUAUUUCCUAUUCAAUUUCUGUACCGCUCGAAGUGGACGUUUGAGGUUGAAUAUUCAUCAAUAGCCAGACACUAAUCGUGUCAUGUCUUUACAAUGAUGUAUUUUACUUGCUAAUGCAGUAAGAGAGGCAUGCCUAAAUUAGAUGUGAUGAUGUAUAAAUAAAGCUAAUAUUAAGACAGUCAA